UUUUUUAAAAAAAGGUAACUGGAUACUAAAUUUUGCUAACUGCAGAAAAUACAAAAGUUUACGGGAGUGAACCGUCUUGAGCUGACCACUCUUUGCUUUAGCCACACAUGCUAAAGUCUACUUGUUCACAGUGUCGUGGAUCUAAACGUGGAUGUUUUUGACAGCAGCUGCCUUAAAGUUAGUGUUGUGUCGGUGUUUACAUCAGUUGGUACAACACCAGAGAAUGAAGUGCACAUGUUGGUGCUGAGAGAACUGGCAUUAUAACGCAAAAAACAUGGCCUCGUGUUCGUUGGGCAGAAGACUGGUGGCCUGUCUUCUCAACGUUUCUGAGGCUCGCAGGAAAGACCUGGUGGAGACUGUGGCCAAGGCUGCUUUAUACAACACGGAAGGGGUGAGACGAGAGGGGACAGCAGUGCUGAACAUCUUUAACGACCAUGACUACAACCGCUCUGUCAUCACCAUCGUGGCGAGCAUCGACUCCAUCAGGGAGGCGGUUCUGUCUGCAUGUGAGAAAGCCUGCGGGCUGAUCGACAUGCGUGCUCACAAGGGGGUUCACCCGUGUAUGGGUGCCGUCGACCUCAUACCCAUCUACCCCCUGGGGGAGGAGGUGGGCGUGGAGGACUGCGCUGAAGAGGCUCGGGCUGUGGCUCAGGGACUCACAGAGCGGGUCCAGGGCACCAGCGCCUUCCUGUUUGGCUGGGCGGACUCGCCCCUGCAGCGGGGGCUGGCUCAGAGGAGGAAGGAGAUGGGCUGGUUCAAGAAGACGGUGGACUUGCAGCAGAUCAGGCCCGACGUCGGGACGCAGCCACAGAAACAGUUCGGCGUCACAGGAGUUGGAGCCAGUCCGUACGUCAUGAACUGCAACGUCACUAUUGACACGCAGGACAUCAACAUGGGACGCAGCAUCGCCACAGCCAUCAGGGAGUCGACCCCAGGAGGACUACCUGGGGUGCAGGUUCUGGCUCUGCCACACGAGGGCGCUGUUGAAAUCGCCUGUAACGUGGAAAGCGUGAAGGGGAGCCCACCUGAUCACUCCGCAGGUGAACCGUGGCCGUCUUUCACCAUCGGUGGGCAGCCGUACUGUCACGUUCCAGCUUCGCUCAUCACGACGAGGGUCUCGGAGCUGGCAGGGAGGGACGGCGUCCGCACGAAGGGGACCGCGCUGGUGGGGUUCACCCCCCGGGAGUGCAGGGGCCUGGCAGAGUUAGCACUGUCUCGAGGGAUCGCUGAGUUCUGGAGAGAGAGGAGACAGAUCCGAAUGUGAAGAUGAUUAAUUGCCUAAACCGGUGAAGCCUCAAGUAAAAGAACAUCAUCACUUUAAUUACAAUAACAUUUGUUAAAGUGUGCCAUCCUCUGUUACCACUGCUGUUGCCAGUGCAGCGCUAAUAGUUAAAUAUGAUAGUGACAAAUUCAUCACUCACAAUUCUUCAUUUUUUAGCCAAACUAAACCGAUAACAACACAAAAAACACAUUUCUCAUUCCUAGCAAACUGCUGCUAGAUGAUUUGACAAGUUGUAGCUAAAGUUAGCUUAAGUUGUAGCUAUAAUAAGCCUUGUUAGCCUAAUGCUAAUUGAUUGUUUACAGCAUUGUAAAUCAGAAGAGUUAACCUGUUUACAUACUGUUUAUUGAUCAGUGCAUUUUAUGUAAUUUACCCACAUUUCCUGACAUUUGAACUUUACCAUCACUAACACUCAUUAAUGUCACGAAUAACUACAUUUGUAGAGAUUUUAUGUAAUUAAUUAAUUGUUUAACUGUGUUUUACUACAGUUAUCAAUAAAAUAUUUUCAUCCUGG